GUGAAAAAGAAACAGUUGGUGCUGCUAUUAAUAGAACCAUAGGCAGCUUCUUCUCUCAAUUGCAAGUAGAGAACCAUCCUCCUCCUCCUCAAGCCAACAAGGACCAUGAUCGUGCUCUAGCCAAGGCCCAAGCUAUUACUACUAACACAUGCAAGCAUGUUAUCGACUUCUACAAUGAUUGCCUUGGGGGAGGUUCUUGGAACAAGUGUGACAGUUAUGUCGAUAUUAUGAAGAAAUGCCAUCAAAUGGAAAGCCAUUCCCCUGCUGCAUCUCCCCAAGAAUCCCAAGCAUCUGCCAACAAUAGUGACGAUGUGUCUGCUGCUGCUCCUCCAAUUCCCACAUUACGUCUUUCAAUUAAUCUUCUGCUCAUGUCCUACCAUGGUUUUUGA